CACGAAACGCCGGUCGGCAAGAUCUUCGCUUCGAGAAAAUGUCCUAAAUUUGGGGAAAUCAAAAGGCAAGAGAAGUCAUUUUUGUCAAGAGCUAGACACUUUGAAGGACGUCAUUGUUAUACAAUAAAUGGAGACCAGAGCCAGAGUAAACAAAGCCGUCCCCGCGUCAAGUCUCGGGGAGAGCUGUGGAAAUGUAGGGGUCAAAGGUCAUGCUCAGUGUGACCCUGGUGUCAACUCUGAUGUCGACCCCAAGAGGUCUCUUGAGCUUUGCCACAUCGAAGAUGCACAAAUCGUCGUCGCGGCAGAAGUCUCGCAAGCCGUGAGCAUCAUGGAGGAAAUUCUAAACCCUUCGAUGUCUAAGUCUGAUGUCAAUGUUCAACGCCAAGUUGUCAAAGAUCAUGAACGUUCCCACAGUGAUUCCAUAGAAGAGGUCAAAACACAACGCAGAGCCGUCCAAGAGAUUCUGAAGGAACGCAAAGACUCGGACCUCUCCGAAAAUGAGACCCUGCCAUUGGCUGAGCAGUUGACCAAUGAGGAAGGAGGAUCGAAGGAUCCACUGUUGCCGUGGGUUUCAACUUACGACAAAGUGGAGGAACUCGUCCGAGAGUACGAGAUUGAAACAACCUCAAAGUUCUUGAUGGGAAAUCCAGACCGAGACUUCGGAAAAACAUUUGAUGAGAUCAAGCACCACCACCACAUCCAUUUGGAUGGUGGGAGCUUCGGCAACGAUCUGUCCCCUAAACUCUGCCUGGACGGCAUGCCGUACAUCAUGAUGGGCAACAGACGCCUGGCUUGCCAUCACGGAAAGCCCCACUACCAAUCUUCCAAAAAGAUAAAGGGCAAACAGAGACUUUGCGUCCAAGCCUCCAAGAAAGUGGGCUGUCCGGCACACAUCUUCAUUCGACACGUCAUGCUGCUACCAGACUUUAGUUUUGACAAGAACAAGAUAACCGAGCACCGACGUCGGGAGUUAUCCAAGCACAUCAAAGCAACAUGGAAGGAGAAACACACCGUUACCACUGAGUCUCGCUUCUAUAUUGAAUUCCCUGACACCGGCAGUCAUAAGAACCAUCCCCUUGGAGAAGCUGCGGGUGUCAAACAACCCAUCGACAAACGAGUCAACGAGAAAAUGCUGCAGCUCAUCAGCAACGGGAUGAAAUCCAUCCCACUGAUCGAGAGUUCCAUCAAAGACUUUGUCCGGAACGAGAUCUUUAAAGAUUCACCGUGCCCGCCGGACUCGAACCGCCGAUUCUUUCCGACCCAAAAGGACAUCACGAACCGAAUCUUCAAAGUCACAACGAACUCACACUCGUCCAAGUUGAAAACGGACGAACUUGAAGAGUCGGUUAGGGCGUGGCUUGUAGAACAACAGGACGAAGAAGGAUUCGUAUUUUUCCGGAACACACUGGACACCCGCAAGGGUGUUCAACAGAACGGAGUUUCAGACUUUGAGCGCAAAAGUGACGUAGACACGGGUGAGCAGAGAACUAACGUACAUUCUUCGCAGAACGGGAAUGCGGACGCAGAACUUCUCCCGGAUUCGUCAACAGAGGGCCUCCUCUUCGUCUACCAGACGCGACAUCAGCGUAGGUUGCUGGAACGCUACGGAUCCCACCUUACCUUUCUAGACUCCGCCCACAAAGAGGCAGCCUAUCCGAUACCGCUGUAUUUCCUCCUGGUGAAUACCAACUGUGGGUUUUACGUUGCGGCCGUUGUUGCCAUGGCGAAGGAGUCCGUUGGGGGUCUGCAGGAGGCGCUAGGGCUACUUCGGGAAGCCAAUCCGGGCUGGAGUCCUCAGCAGUUCAUGGUGGAACCUUCGGAACUUGAGAUUCAAACCAUUGAGGGAUUAUUCCCUGAUUGUCAAGUUUACAUCACCGACACCCGACGCCAACAAGCAUGGCAACGCUUUCUCAUCAACCCGAAACACCGGACGUCCAAACGCUGGCAGGAAUUGUUAGCCAGUAUGACCAGCGUCGCGACGGCGCGUACCCCCGAGGCCUACCAGGCUGCGUUGGACGUCCUCCGCGGGGCGUGGACCAAGCCCGCCCUGAAACAGAUGAGGGCGUGGUUUCGGGAGAAGUGGAUGUCCAAUAUACAGAGAUGGGCCCACGUCUACCGCCAGCCUCAGCAGUUACUGCCUCUGAUCAUCAACAAUGGCCUGGAGUCGCAACAGGCGGCCCUAGGGUACCCCUUCAUUGCCAGCAACCGUCACAGAACGCUGCACGGCAUGCUAGAUCUAAUCGUCGGCAUAGUUCUUCCCAAAAUGGAAACAAGAUAUUUUGAUGCUAACAAUGCAUGGAGAAAAGCUAAAGACUCCAGCGUGCUACCUCUUUUCCACAACCGGCCUCAACCGUUCAUAGACCACUGCCAACAACGGCUGCCUCUUGCUAAACAGAUCGAGAAAAUAUCAAUCACCCAACUUGACCAGAGUGUCUUCCGUGUUCCCGCCGGAGAUCCCGACCGCGGCGAGGAAUUUGUGGACCUGGGCGUCCCGUCAUGCACCUGCGAGGAUCUCGCGGGAACCGGUUUCCCGUGCGUGCAUCUGUUGGCGUGUAUCGUUGACGGCGAUGACGUACUGUGGGAGCGGCUGCCGUCCGCCUACCUGCGCAGCCCUUUUUUGACUGUAGAUGAUUGUGGGGAGGUGGGCGGGGCAGUGGGCGGGGCUGUGGGCGGGGCUACGGGCGAGGCUGUGGGUGUGGCCACAGGUGAAGGACAAACACUUGGGAUUGAUGAAGAGGACGAUGAGUGUACUGCCGCUGUCUCAGGGAUUCCAGCCGAGGUUGAGGCAACUUCGAACUUGGCAGCCAUCCUUGCUGCAAUGGAAGCCCAUCAAACCCCAACAGAAUCCACUAACCCUUCCGUAAACUCCACCCCAACUUCAGACGACCCUUCUCCAGAUGAGGCAGCUCGCUGUCGAGCCGUGGCGAGAGAACUCUUAGACCUGACGCACACGGUGACGGACACGGAGACACUAGCCCAGGCGCGAACACAAAUGGAGGCAGUACUGACCACCCUGAGGCAAACCCUACCCAGGGGAGAGCUGCGCGACCCUGUCUGUCAUGAUCAGACAGAUGAGGAGGUACCUCUUCACGUAAUGAAAGUGAGCGUACGACUCGAUCAAGACUUAAAACCAGCCAAGAGACAACGUCUCGAAGAACAAGUGCAGAUAAGCGAAGAUCGCAUGAAUGACUCCAACAUGGAGGUUGACAUUACUGGGAGCGAGAGCACAGAGGUUUAUGACGACAGGCAGAAUUUGGAGGUCGACGAGAGCAUCGUCACGGAAACCAUUGACCUCCAACAGGGGGCGGUGUUCAUCCUGGAGCCAUCAGGAAUGAUGAGGAACGUUGAAAUAAUGGACGAUUGUCCUGUGGGAACUGUUAUCAUUAAGGACUCCUAAGACAUCAUCAAUGGAGUAGCCACUGGGUUAGGAAGGCUUUCAACAGGAUUCUCAUUGAGGGUUGGGAAAUCCAAAGUUCUAGCUGAAGAGAAAGUUGAAGGUUGGGGGAGGACAUUAAAGGGGGGAUCUUUUCUUUAGUGAAGUUAUAUUAACCCUUCUAGGCAAACAUACAUUCUGUGCUAAGUUGUCCUUUCAGUCAAAUUCAGUCAAGUUGGAGCGUUUUUAAGUUAACGGUUGAGUGCUCCCAGUCUACAUAAAGCAGGAUCGACUGGCUGUGACUGUUUAUGGAACUUGAUACAGCUAUGCUUUGACUGUAGGUGAUUGAUACGACAGCUGUGCCCACCACUGGCGUGCUUUUGUCUGUUUGACUGAAUUUGACUAGUCGGAGUGCUUGCUUCAAAUAUGAUCCGACUGUUGGUGAAGCCUUUGCAAAACGCAUGGCAGGGGAAGUGGAUAUAACUUUUGACUGUCUGUGACUGUUCAAACGGUAGGAGGGUUAAAGUGGUUUUGUAUGUACUGCGUAUGAUGUGCAGCGUACAUUUUAGCACUGGAUCCAUGCAUAUGCGCCAACAAAUUAAUGCACCAAUAAUUACAAAGACAGCCGAUAUUUUGCUGGCGCCAUUUUUUAUUAAUGAGGCUUUCUCUAGCUGAUAUAAUUAUAUCAUUUUGGCCGCUUUUAUUAUCUCGCUUUUAGUUUCGUCCCCAUUGUAAUAUAUGUGACUAUUUAUAGACUCGGGAUAUUAAAAAGAGAUACUGGAAAUUAAAAUGAUACCAAGAACAUGAUUUAUUUCUGCUGCAUGACUUUUAAUAAAGGUUGAAUUGAAA